CCGGCCCGGGGCAGGCAGCCUCUUUGCAGAUGCUGGGGAAGAGGAUGGAGGGGAUGGCGUCCACAGCGUGGGUUCGUUGUCUCUUUACCAGGUCGAGAAUUCCAGGCUCGGUAUUUCAGCCGCGGCCUGGAGAUCAUGAAAAGUAUGGAGGUGACCCUGAGCAACCCCAUAAAAUCCACGUUGUUACUAGAAUAAAAAGCGUAGUUGGUCGACCGUAUUGGGAAAAGAAGAUAGUACGUGAUCUUGGACUGGAUAAAGCACAUCAGCCAAGACUGCACAAAAAUAUCCCUGCUGUGAAUUCCAGACUGAAAGUUAUUAAGCACCUGAUAAGGAUACAGCCACUGAAACUACCUUACGGAUUGCCAACAGAAGAGGAAAUGUCGGACACCUUUCUUUCAAGCAAGGGAGAGCUUGUCAUUAAACGGCAUCUGAAACCUGUGGAGCAGAAAGAAAUAAAGUCGUAAGCUGCACAUAUGCUUCUCCAUACGCCGUGUUGAAAAGCAGAGGUAUCUGAGGUGACUGCGAACCUCCUUAGUUUGUGUGCCCACCCUGGCACCCCAGCAAUCCAAGGGGGUUGCGGGGUGCAGCCUGCAGCUUUUCCACAUUGGGCAGCACGGUUUUGCAAUUCCCUGAGAGCAAACACCUCAUCUCCUUCGUCAACGGAGAUAUGGAGUGAACUGCUGGCCCCAUUCAAGUAAACCACAGAGCUUUUUGUUAACCUGAAUGGCUGUAGGAGACUCCUCAUGGUGAGAUAAGGAAAGCUCAGCUCUUACAUACACUAGUUUUCAGGUGUAUAAAUAUUUGCUACAGUGCUGGAAAUUUGGCGAGGCUGCCAUACUAAGGAGAGGCAGAAACUACACAGAAUUGACGAAGCUUGUCUUUUCAUGGUGAAAUAAAAAAAGGGGCAAAAAGCUAAGUGGCAGCCUGUUAGAAACGUGGUUACUGAGGAACACGGGAACUAAUUCAGUAUGUUCUCAUCCUAAAGUUUUUCUUCUCUGCCGGACAAAACCCAUGGCUUGUACCUUACCUUUCAGCUGUUGAU